AAGACUAAGAAUUACGCUUUAAUUACCAAUGCCUUUGAAGCAGUUGACACGGUUUCAUAUUAAAUAAGAAUUAAAAUACCGUACCGUAUCGGCGGUUCGACCUGAAAAACCUUCUACCAGAAGCAAAACCUGUAGGCGGUAUUUAGCGGUAUAAUACGGGUGAACCAUCGUUAAACCACGAUUUUAACAUGAAAUAUCCUACCACUAACUUCUCCGGUACGGUAUUUCAAUCCUUAAACUAGAUACAUACCGUGGAUUUUUGAUCGUCUUGCAAAGCAGCUUAACGCAAUAUGACUGCUGAACAUCAAUAUAACAAAGGGACUGAAGAAGAUGUGACAAAUUGAGUCACUCACAAGUCACAAACUAAGGAAAACGAUGUGAGAAAUUUCUAAUUAUGAAACGUUCAAAGGAAAAUGGGGAGCAGCCAACUCUAGCACUAAAAUGUGAGUGGUGGAAAAAAAAAACAAGGCAAUGAAAUUUACAUAUAGUGGAUUCUGAUAACAAGCCACACAAUAAGUUGCUCCCAUUACUCUUUGAAGGAACUAGAUUCUACAUCAGGUUUUUUUCCCCUGUGAUAAUCUCUUUCAUUGGAAAAAUCUUCCUAUAAGAAAGAAUCACUGAUUCAGUUAUUGGGUUAAACAGCAAAAGACAUUGACUGGCUUUCUACUCUCAAGAACCAGUUGGUCCCAAUAACUCGAGCUGUUGGGAUCAACUGAAACUUGACAUGGUAUCAGAGCCUUCUGUGACCGAAAGGUCUUGUGUUCGAUUCCCGGUGACCCCCAUUUGUUAAGCACAUGGUAUUCUUGUCUUCAGACCUGUGCAAAGUUCAAGCCCUUGUGAGUGGCUUUCGUUUGAGGGGGCGUGUUAGUGUUGUGGUAUAUGAUCCACGAUUGAACUUCUCCCAACAACUCGAGUUAUUGGGAUCAACUGGUUCUUGACAUCUUGCUGCAGAAAAUCUCCCUCUCACUGCGUCCCAAAAUUCCAAAUCCCACUAGACAUUCUAUUUGCUGCUGCUGCUAUAAGAAAGGACCCAAAAAUGACUCCACAAUUCCCCCAUCUUCCUUCUGGAAAAUAAUGACUACCACCACUACUACUACCCUGUUUGCUCUCUUCUGCUUUCUUCCUCUUCUUCUUCUUUCGAAGGCUACCAAUGCCGAUACUACCAACAGAAAUGCAACUCGGCCGCGGCCGCCAUGGCGGCCGCCGGGGAUUCAUUUCCACACCGUUCAGCUCCCCUCUCUGUUUCCUUCAAACACCUGCCGCCCUUCUCCUUCUCCUUCAAUCAGCAAAGAUGGCUUAGAAAGCAAGGAAGCAAUUCUGCGAGUGCUCCACUUACAUGGGCCGUGCGCCCAGGCCCAGGCCCAACAACAACAACACAAGCCCACUGCGGACGAGACCCUUCGCCAGGACGAGUCCAGGGUCAAGACGAUCCAGUCCAGAUACAGAAACGCGGUCGCAGGCGCCGACGACGUCAGCGUGACGAAGGACUCCUCCAUCGCCAUCCCGGCGAAGGACGGCGCCACCCUCGGCGGCGCGAACUACUUCGUCACCGUCGGCAUCGGCACGCCGGCGCAGCAGCAGUCGCUCAUAUUCGACACCGGAAGCGACCUGACGUGGACGCAGUGCCAGCCGUGCGUACGGUCUUGCUACAAGCAGCAGGAGAAGAUCUUCGACCCGUCCUCCUCCGCUUCGUACCGAAACGUUUCUUGCUCCUCCGCCUCCUGCUCUGCCCUCGCUUCCGCCACAAGUAUCAAGCCAGGGUGUUCGUCGUCGACGUGCGUGUACGGGAUCCAGUACGGCGACUCGUCGUACUCCGUCGGAUUCUACGGCACGGAGAAAAUCACGUUGACGACGUCAACCGGCGGCGUCUUCAACAACUUCUUCUUCGGGUGCGGCCAAAACAACCAAGGACUCUUCCGGGGAACCGCCGGAUUGCUGGGAUUAGGACGGGACAAGGUUUCAUUCGUCUCCCAAACGGCCAGAAAGUACAGGAAGCGCUUCUCCUAUUGUCUCCCGUCCACCUCCAGCGACAUCGGAUUCCUUACCUUCGGCGGAGCUUCCACCACCAAGUCAGUGAAAUUCACUCCACUCUCCGCCAGCUCGGCGGGGACCAGCUUCUACGGCCUCGACAUCACGGCAAUCAGCGUCGGCGGCCAGAAGCUCCCCAUCUCCGCCACCGUCUUCUCCACCGCAGGUGGCAUCAUCGACUCCGGCGCCGUCAUCAGCCGCCUCCCGCCGGCGGCCUACUCGGCCCUCCGGUCGGCAUUCCGGCAGCAGAUGUCGAGCUACCCGUUGGGGAAGCCGCGGUCGAUCCUCGACACCUGCUACGACUUCAGCAGCUACGACGUUGUGUCCGUGCCCGUGAUCUCGUUCUUCUUCGCCGGCGGCGCCGAGGUGGAGAUCGGGGCUGUCGGGAUCCUGUACGGCUUCUCGAUAUCACAGGUGUGCCUGGCGUUCAAGGGCAACGACGACGCGAGCGACGUGGCGGUCUUCGGGAACGUGCAGCAGCGGACGAUGGAGGUGGUGUACGACGGGGUUCGAGGGAGGGUCGGGUUCGCCGGCGGUGGCUGCAACUGAGACCCGAGCUCCUAGUGAAGAACUUGGUAAAAGGGAAUAAAGAUUCGAAGUAGAAUAUGGGAAUUGAAUAACGUGUGCCGUAUCACGGUAAGUAAUAUAGGCAAAAGCUGUUUUAAGGUAAAAGGAUAUGCAUAAACAGGAAUGGAACUCGAGCUACUCAGUACCAUAUAGUCAUGGAAGUAGCUUGUCAUCGUUUCCGUUAUUUGUAAAGAAUGGCCAAAGGAAUACAAGUGUGGGCAAUAGUAGCAAAGUGUAAGUUUUUGGUAAGAAAAAGGGUUACUUGCAGAAACUAUGGUUUCACAUGUAAGGAGAUAUGAACCAAACAACAGCAGUUAUAAGAGAGACGGCCGAGGGCUAGUGAGAACAUGGAGAUAGAAGAAGAAGAAUUCAUAGGAUGUAAGCUCAAUCUCAGGUUCUAUCUAAGCAAUGAGUUCCUCGUCAACCAAGGAACGACGAAGUCCACGAAACGCCAAACGCAAAUGGGAAUCAAACCUUGGUAGCUAGCCAAAAUCAAAGCAAAGAAUGGAACUUAGGGGGAACAAUUCAAGAAGAUACAAGCAUGUUAUGAAAAAGUGUUUUAAGAGAGGAAGAACACAAGUAAAACGCAAGUUCAAUCUACCUAUUGUUGAGCAGGAACUACAACAACUUGGUCCAAAACUAAGCAAAGAAAAAGGCCAUGCCACUGGAUUCAUUCAUCAUAUAUAGUUCUCAAGAGCAAACGCCCCUGAAGAUAUGCCAAGAGAAGAGUUCAUUCUAGCACACAUAAGUACUGCAGAAUGGAGUUCUUGAAAACCAUAUUCAAAGAUUCCAAACUACAAGGAAUCACAGCACCUGCAGAUUUAUCCAACUCAUGGUUUAGCAUUUAGAACUUAUCACCACCAAGACAAUCAGGCAAAAAAAUUGAUGAAUUAUACUAAACUUAACAGAGUAAC